AUGGACUAAUUUAUCAUUAUUGGGCCAAAUAUUUCUUCUUUAUAUGAACCUUAUAACAACAAUAAAACCAAAACCUCUUUUUUCUUUCUCUGAAAAAAAAAAACCCCAAUCCAAAAACCCUUCUUCUCCCCUCUCAGCUAAAAAAAUCCCACCUUUAAGGUCCCAUGGCUGCUAAAAACGAAGCAAAAAAACGAAAAAUCAUCAAAAAAUCAGAAAAUUCAGUAGCUACCACUUCCAAAAUCACCAAAAAUCACCCAAAAAAUCAACAAAAAACACCCAAAUCAGUUAAUCCAACCCGACCCGACUCCGGCUCCGAUUCCGACUCCGACCCAUUACCAUUGAAAAUCCAGAAACUUCUAGAACCUUACACUAAGGAACAGCUCGUUUCACUAGCAGUUGAUACAGCACUUUCACAUCCAUCUUUUUACAACCUCGUACAGUCGACGGCAGACAAGGAUGUUACGCAUAGGAAGAUAUUCGUGUACGGGUUGGCGCGUGAGACCACGCGCCAAACCCUCGUAUCCGUGUUCGAGGAGUACGGGGAGGUUGAGGAAUGUAAUGUCGUGGUUGAUCAUGCUACUGGUAAGGGUAAAGGGUAUGCGUUUGUUGUGUUCAAAACGAGGAGGUCGGCUGUUAAAGCGUUGAGACAACCUAGGAUGAUGAUUGAUAAUCGUUUAGCUUCGUGUAAGUUGGCUUCGUUGAAGGAGAGUAAGGAUAAGGAGAGUGUUGGUGUUGUUUCUGGGAGUAAUGAGUUUGGUAAUAGGAAGAUAUAUGUGAGUAAUGUGCCUAAGGAUAUUGAUUCGGAGAGAUUAAGGAUGUUUUUCGCGAAGUUUGGGGAGAUUGAGGUUGGACCGAUGGGGUUUGAUUCGAGUACUGGGAAGUCGAAAGGGUAUGCUUUGUUUGUUUAUAGAACGGUAGAGGAGGCGAAGAGAUGUUUGGAAGAGCCGUGUAAGAUGUUUGAGGGGAGGCAAUUGUAUUGUAAGAAGGCGGCUGAGGGGAAAGUUGGUGGUGGAGCGGCUAGUAUUACUACGGAGAUUGUGCAGCAGCCGUUGUUGGCAAUGCCGUCGGGGCAAGGUGUGUAUGGACCUCAGAGUAUGGGGGUGUUGGGUCAGAACACGAAUGUGGCAAUGAUGAAUUCGUUUUAUGGUGGAGUACUUGCUAACCCGUAUGGAGUAUAUACGAAUCCGUUUGUAGGAGUUGGUAGUUACGGGCAGCAAAUCCCUGGUGGGAUGGGGAUUGCAGCGGGAUAUGGUGGGUUAUUAGAUAGUUUAGGAGGGGGUGUUUCGGGUUUAGGGGCAUAUGGUGGUGUUGGUAGCAGUACUAGUACAAGCGGUUCUGCUGGAGGAGUGGCAACCGGCUUAAUGCAGCUAUAUCCAAAUAAGCAAGUUGGCCAAUCUUCAGCUGCAAAGCUUCCGGGGAGUAGUGGCUACUCGUCACACUUGUGAUCAACAGUGCUUGACCAUGAGGAAACAAAGUUAUUGAAGCAUUUGACGAGUUUCUAAGGGUCAGUCUUGGUCAGUGGCUUGGUUUUAUUGGAUUUGUAGCCAUAUGUUUCCUUUUUCUUCACUUUUAUAUAAUUCAUACCUUCUUACUGAUAAGCCAAGUUCCUACAAGACUUGGUGGAUUUUAUGUCUUAUGUCAUUGCCCUUCUCUUUGUUGGAUACAUUUCUCGUUUUUCCUUUUAGACUUAUUUUGAAGUGGAUUUGCCCA